CUAGCAACACCUCUCUACACUUUUCCAUCUUUUCAUUCUUGGGGAUUCAGCAGCUGGUCGGAGUUUCGGAGCAUCCUUGAACACUGAACUCGUCUUUGUCAGACCAAAUCUCGAUCAAUCCAUCACGAUGCAGCGGGCAUUCGCGGCAAGAACGCGGGCUUCGGCUCUUUCCUCCGCUUCUCGCAUGAAGCCAUCAGGCUUCAGCCUGCAGCAGCAGCGGUUUGCUCACAAGGAGCUCAAGUUCGGCGUUGAAGGUCGAGCAGCCCUCCUGAAGGGUGUCGACACCCUCGCAAAAGCCGUUGCCACAACCCUGGGCCCCAAGGGCCGCAAUGUCUUGAUCGAGUCAAGCUACGGAUCGCCAAAAAUCACUAAAGAUGGUGUAACGGUCGCAAAGGCAGUGACUCUGCAAGACAAAUUCGAGAACCUCGGUGCACGACUCCUCCAAGAUGUCGCCUCCAAGACCAAUGAAGUUGCCGGUGACGGUACUACCACUGCCACCGUGCUGGCUCGCGCGAUCUUCACCGAGAUGGUCAAGAACGUGGCUUCCGGCUGCAACCCCAUGGACCUGAGACGGGGUGCCCAGGCCGCUGUGGACGCUGUGGUUGAAUACCUCCGGAAGAACAAGCGCGAUAUCACGACCAGCGAAGAGAUCUCCCAGGUUGCCACCAUCUCGGCGAAUGGAGACGUUCACAUUGGCAAGCUCCUGUCGAGUGCGAUGGAGAAGGUUGGCAAGGAAGGUGUCAUUACGGUGAAGGAGGGCAAGACCAUCGACGACGAGCUGGAGGUCACCGAGGGUAUGAAGUUCGAUCGCGGAUUCAUCUCACCCUACUUCAUCACCGACACCAAGUCCCAGAAGAUUGAGUUUGAGAAGCCGCUCAUCCUGCUGUCCGAGAAGAAGAUCUCCGCGGUUCAGGACAUCAUCCCCGCCCUCGAGGCUUCCCAAACUCUGAGGCGACCAUUGAUCAUCAUCGCUGAAGAUAUUGAUGGUGAGGCUCUGGCCGUGUGCAUUCUCAACAAGCUGCGCGGACAACUCCAGGUCGCUGCCGUCAAGGCUCCUGGCUUCGGUGAUAACCGCAAGUCUAUCUUGGGUGACAUUGCCGUCCUCACCAACGGUACCGUCUUCACAGAUGAGCUCGACAUCAAACUGGAGAAGGCCACUCCCGAUAUGCUCGGAUCUACUGGAUCCAUCACGAUCACCAAGGAGGAUACCGUCAUUCUGAACGGUGAAGGCAGCAAGGACUCGGUUACCCAGCGAUGCGAACAAAUCCGUGGCGUCAUGAGUGACCCAACCACCUCCGAGUACGAGAAGGAGAAGCUCCAGGAGCGCCUUGCCAAGCUUUCCGGCGGUGUCGCUGUCAUCAAGGUCGGUGGCUCAUCUGAGGUUGAGGUCGGCGAGAAGAAGGACCGAAUCGUUGAUGCUCUGAACGCAACCCGCGCCGCCGUUGAGGAGGGGAUCCUCCCGGGUGGUGGCACUGGUCUGCUCAAGGCUGCCGCGAACGCCCUGAACGACAUCAAGACUGUCAACUUCGACCAACAGCUGGGUGUCAACAUCGUGAGGCGCGCCAUCGUCAAGCCCGCCCGAACCAUUGUGGACAAUGCCGGUGACGAGGGCAGCGUCGUCGUUGGCAAGCUCAUGGAUGAGUAUGCCAAGGAUUUCAACAAGGGCUACGACAGCUCGAAGGGCGAGUACGUUGACAUGAUCUCGGCUGGUAUCCUUGACCCGUUCAAGGUUGUCCGGACUGCCCUGGUGGAUGCUAGCGGCGUUGCAUCAUUACUGGGAACUACUGAAGUCGCGAUUGUGGAGGCUCCCGAGGAGAAGGGUCCCCCUGCCGGCGGUAUGGGUGGAGGCAUGGGCGGAAUGGGCGGCAUGGGUGGUGGUGGCAUGUUCUAAACGCAUUGAUUCCCCGGCUACUUUGAACCCGUCUGUACUAUCUUCGGCCUGUAUAAAUAUUCCUCUCUCUCUCCGCUCCCGAUCGGGCCUUUGCAUCUCCUGGAUUCUGAAGCAUGUUCGGAGUUGGAUGCUGGUUUGUCGGCCUUUGUAAAAACAUCUACUUCCAUAAUCGGAGAUUCCAUCCGUGUACAGCGUGUUAGAUAGCUAUUCUACCCCUCGUUUAACGAUUGGCGUCACCAUGAAUUGAUGCUUCUCAUAAUGUACAUAACAAAAGACUCUCCAAUCUGGAUAGCAACAGAUAACAGGGUGAGCUUCUAUCUGUCCCCGAUGAUGACGAAUGAGAUGGAAGCUUUCGAACCUCG